AUGUUCAGGGACUAUGGAGCGGGCAGUGCGGACGGCCCGGGACCCUCGUACAACCCUCGCCCACAGCACCCUGCCCUGCGCAGCAUGGGCCCGGCCGCCGCCGCAGGGACUCCGGGAGCAGCGCAGCAGAAGUUCCCCCCAGGUCCGAGUGCAGGGGCUGCCAGCUUCGUUCCCAGCCUCAAUACCAUCACCUCCAGCCAGGACCUGCAGUGGAUGGUUCAGCCCACGAUGCUCAACGCCUGCUCCUCGCCCUCCUCCUUCACAGCUGCCCCAUACCCCCGCCCCUAUGGUCCCUACCCUGCCGGGGCCCGCCCAGGCGUCAUCCGCACCAUUGGGCCAACCCCUGGCAUACGUCGGAGGCACAGUGAGCAUAUGACCCCUGAGGAAGAGGAGCGGCGCAGGGUAAGACGAGAGAGGAACAAACUGGCUGCAGCAAAGUGCCGGAACCGGAGGAAAGAGCUAACGGACUGUCUGCAAAUGGAGACGGACCAGUUGGAGGAGGAGAAGUCAGGCCUGCAGAAGGAGAUUGCAGAGCUGCAAAAGCAGAAGGAGAGGCUUGAGUUGAUUUUGGAGGCCCACCGGCCAGUGUGCAAAGUGCAGGAUGAGUCCUCGGGAGAGGAGGAGGAGCAGGAGGGGCCGUCCGCCCCACCCCCAGUCAAGCAGGAAUCCCCGGAGCCUCCCCCAGCAGUCAGACGUCGACCCCCACCACCAGUGCCCCCACGGAUCAGCCUUCCCCCCAGCGGGGUCCUGGAGCCUGAGGCCCUGCACACCCCCACCCUGAUGGUCACACCCUCGCUAACUCCUUUCACUCCAAGUCUGAUCUUCAAUUACCCUGCCCCAGGGGAAGGGGAGCCCUCUGCUGGCCAUACCUUCCCACCUGAGCCCUGCAGCUCUGCCCACCGGCGUGGGAGCAGCAGUGGUGACCAAUCAUCUGACUCCCUCAACUCCCCAACCCUGCUGGCACUCUGACAGGCACAGCUCCCCCAGCCCUGUUCUUCCUGCUCAAGAACCAGCCUCAUGACCAGGAACCUUCCAUGUGGUUCCAGACAAUUCUAGAACUGUUCCCUGUCAUCCCAGGCCCUUCUGGAACCAUUUACCUCAAUUGUGGUAUCUUUGUGAUCAUUCUAGCACUAUUCCUUAUUAUCCCAACUUCCUGUUCAUUCCAGACACAUCUGGAAUCUCCCUUUCCACUUUCAAACCUUCAUUGUCAUUCUAGAUAAUUCUAGAAGCACUCCACCACACACGCCCCCCCCCCACACACACACUCCAUUCCAGGCUCCCAAUUAUUUCACAUCCAUCUGGAAUUUCCCCCUCAGCUCUAGAACUUUCAGUGACAUUCUAGAACCUUCCCUGCCAUUGAUGUUUGAUUAUUCCAGGGCUCCCUGGAAUCUUUUACUCACGAGUCAGGAACCUGUCCAUCCCUUUACCAUCAUUGCAGAAGAAUGUCCUUGUGCUUCAGAACCAUCCCAAACCCUCCUACAGCCCCUUCCUGUCUGUUCCAGAGCACCCCUACUCUCCCAUUCCUUUUGGGAGGUGGUAACCUUCCCAAAAUUCCCAUUGUGCUUGCUGUGUUUUCCCUGGAAUGUACUAGAGCUUUCCUGAUCUCCUUCUGGAUUGCUCUGGAAUCCCCCCAGCCAUUCAUGGUCUCAUACUAGAACCUAACCAGAUGUCCCAGUUCAACAGGCACUCAUUCUAGACUCCGACUGACCAUUCUAGCAAAACUUGUUCAUUCUAGAACCGGUCUAGCUUUACUAGGCUGCCAUUGCUCAUUUGAGAAUACUCUCAGCUGUUCCAGACCUCUCUUGCUGUUUCUAGACCUCCAUCUGACAGUUCCAGAAUUCUCUCAUUCUAGAACUCACUUGAACAUUGCAAACUGCCCCUCCAAUCAUUCUAGAGCCCACUCCCUGAUCCAGAACAACCUCAGGUGUGCAGGGUUGUACAGCGCUGGCCAGCCAAGAACCAGAACUGGUUGGUUUGGUUUUUACUCCCAAGUUCCAGAAGCUGAUCCAGAACCGCAGGGCGUGCUCUGGACUGCACAAUGUUCAUUGUUGGAGCUGCCAUUUCUAUGCUAUUUAUUGUCACUCAAAGAGUAUUUUUCUA